UCCCGGCAGUAUACUAAAUGUCCAGAAUAUAAAAUUAAUCAUACUAUAAGUAACAAGUUAGAGGAUAAAGGAAAUCCUGUUCUAAUGAGAUGACAUGGACAACAUAUUAACAAACACUUCCUUAUAAUAAUUGUACAGCAUGUUAGAUAAAGAAUCAUGAAGGUUUUGUGUACUUGUGACAGAAGUCAUUCUGAAAAUCGCCAGUUGAACUGUUACAACUAUUGUCUGAAACGCACGUAACUAUGAUUGAUAUUGGAUGUCAGAAAUCGAAAGUGGGGUACAAGAAGCAAAUAUAUCUGUAGUUAUAAUGGAAAAAAUGCUUUUAUUCUUUGUAAGUGUUUUCCAUGUGGUUUGUGCAAUGUCAUCUUAUAAAGUUGAAACACGAAUUCUAAAGGAUGAAAAUGGUUUGAAUGGAUCCAUCACCCACUUUGUUCAUGAUAGUUCUACGAAUACGUUUUAUGUAGGUGCUGUCAAUCGUAUUUUCAAGUUGAGUCAAUCGUUGGAAGUUCAACAACAACUCGUUACAGGCCCUGAACCAGAUAAUCACUUGUGUCUUGGAUCUGCAUGUGAUGGGACAACAAAACAAUUGACCAAUAAUUACAACAAAAUUUUACUCAUUGAAACCAACAUAAUUGGAAAUGAUCGUCUUGCUGUAUGUGGCAGUAUAUUUCAAGGUUUUUGUGAAUUUAGGGACUUGAAAGAUAUAAGCAAAAAACUGUCUAUGAGAAUACAUACAAGCCUUGUAGCAAAUUCAAAAAGUGAUUCUACUGUUGGUUUGAUUGUAAAGCGAAAUCUCACUGAAAAUAUUUUAUUCAUUGGAGCAUCAUACCCAAUCAGUCUACAUUGUAAGGAUGAAGAUAAUAGGAAUGUGUUUUUUCUUAGACGUAAAGAUGUACCUGCUCUAAGUAUGAGGAAACUUACUAGUGAUAAUAAUAUCUUUUCAUUGUAUAAGGAAGCCUCAUUUAUUGAACAACAGCCUCCUUCUGCUCUAAAAAUAAUUUAUGACAAAAUCAAUAAAUAUAUAAUUGAUUUUGUAUCAGCUUUUUCAAUUAAGGAAUAUACAUAUUUUUUAUCGUAUCAGCCAUCUGAUUUAAUUCAAAACUGUGAAACCAAUGCCAGCCCUAAACCCUCACAGUCUAGGAUAUCUCUCACCUGCAAUAUGGAUACGCACUUUUAUUCAUAUAUUGAUAUACCACUUACUUGUUAUGGAAAACAUACAAAUUACAAUAUAGUGCGUGCUGGAAAAACUAUCAUACCUGGUCGUAGUUUACGGACUAAACUUCGGAUAAACAGUGAAAUUCUUGUUGCUCUGUUUGAAAAUCAGCAUAACGGAAAAACUGAUUCUGCAGUUUGCAUAUACACAAUUGAUGAAAUACAAAGGAAAAUGAAGACUAACCUAAAAAAAUGUCAGAAUGGAAGUGAAGCAAUGAAAGGAGCACACUUUGAUGAUGGUGCUACUUGUAAACAUCAGGGAUCAGUAAAAGGAAGCGGACCUACACUGUGCACUACCACGAAAAAUUAUUACGGAGGAAGAAUAUCUGGAGUGAUUGGUGUUAAAGUGCAACCUGCCAUUGUAUUUGAAUAUACUGCUUUGACUUCCGUUACACUUACCACAACUUCUAACUUCACUGUAGCUUUCCUUGGUACAUCAAAUGGACACUUGAAAAAGAUCGUGAUAGAGAACAAGACUUUAGCAAAAGAAUAUGACCAAGACCUGGUCAUAGACAAGGGAAGUCCUAUAAACCAGGAUACAUUCUAUGACUUUGACCAUAGAAAUCUAUAUCUAACAAGUCAGAGAUUGGUUGCGAAGGUAUCUGUAGAAAAUUGUGGACAGUAUGCCAGUUGUACGACAUGUUUAGCCAGUAAAGAUCCAUUUUGUGGCUGGUGUACCUUAGAAACUAGAUGUACUUUGAAAUCAAACUGUUCCAUGGCAGACCAAAGCUCAGACCGAUGGAAAAUUCUGACUAACUGUACUGCUAUUGAAAACAUCUCUCCACCAAUGGCUUCCUCAACAGAGGAUAUUACGCUGCACAUGGCAAUCAUAGAUAUACCACGUAAUACAAACUAUAGCUGUGUGUUUGACUUUGGUGACAAACAACAAGCCACUCCUGCUAGAUUCUGGAGCUUUGGUAUCAGCUGUAAAACUCCUCAGAUAUUUUCUCUUGGUGUAGACUUUGAACCUACAGGCAGCAAGAAUGCCACAUUAUUAAUACGAUCAGAAGAAUCAAAGAAGCUAUUUGUGUCAAGAUACUUCACAUUUUAUAAUUGUGGAAGUUUUACAAGUUGCACAUCAUGUACAGAUAAUAAUUAUGGGUGUAACUGGUGUAUCUAUGAGAAUAAGUGUACCUUCAGGACCAACCCCCCUUGCAAUAGACAGUCUAUUUGUAGCCGUAAUCAAAUAGAUGGUGAUGGAAUAAGAAGAGGUCCAACAUUUUGUCCAAAAAUCUACAAAGGCCUAACAGGUGAUGUCUACAUACACAACAAUACCAACAAAGAAUUCAACAUCAAUGGGAGAUCUUUUCCAGAGAUUAGAAAUGGGAAUGGUUAUAAAUGCAUAAUUGGAACAGGUGAAUAUAGUAAUGGGAACAUUGAGGCUAUUGCUACCAGAGUGUCAGAGAGCCAACUUAAGUGUCAGGUUCCAUUAAAAUCUUAUGGACUACCUGAAAUUGGUAUCUACGAAGCCAGUCUCAGAGUGACAUGGGGUAGAGGAGCAGAAAUAGAAAAUGAUGGGGCUACAGUGAAAAUAUACAGCUGUUCCAAAAUGGCUCAUGGUGACUGUAGUCUGUGUAGGAAUUUUGAGCAGUCUCGUGCAUAUCUAAAUUGUCAAUGGUGUGACAAUCAUUUGCAAUGUGAAUACAAGGAUCACUGUUCUGCAGUGGGAGCUGUUGCAAGGUGUCCAGGUCCACAGAUCGAUAAGGUAUCACCGAUGGUGGGCCAUGUUUAUGGAGGUACAAUUGUGACAAUUAAAGGGAGAAAUCUUGGUGCUGAAUUAGCUGAUGUAAGAAAUAACGUGACAAUUGCUGGAGUAGCCUGUGUUCCCGUUAGAGAGCUAUAUCAACCUGCCAGAGUGAUAGUUUGUAUGCUGGGAGCCAGUGAUGCAGGUGUUAAAGAGGGACAUAUAGUAGUUCUUAACAUACCAUUCUAUCAGUUUGAAUUUCAAUAUUUGAAUCCAAUACUACAACGAGUAACACCACAUAAAAGAGCAUUGUCCGGAGGAGCUAUUUUGACCUUGCAUGGAGAUCCUAUCUUUUUAGGAACCCAACUGGAGGUCACUGUCAAUGAUAAAGAGUGUAAUUUUACAAGUAAAACUAAAACACACAUCAAAUGUCGACUGCCACCAGGUAAACUGGGUAAUGCUAAAGUUUCGGUCAAAGUUGAUGGUAAUGAGAUCAGACAGGAUAUGGUUGGCAACAUAAGUUUCGCAUACGUAGCAGAUCCAGUAAUCUCAAAGAUAUACCCAUUGAAAAGUUUCAAAAGUGGAGGAAGAAGACUAACAGUUGUGGGAACCAAUAUAAACAUUAUCGAUCAACCAAAAAUGUUCAUCUGGACAAAUUCUGUCAUGUCAAGUCUUACGAACUGUCAGGUCAAAAAUGAAACAUUUAUGUUCUGUCCAUCACCCAAACUCUUGACAAGAUACAGACGACUUAGACGAUCAACAGCAUUGAUGACAGCAGCAAUUGGAUUUAUAAUGGAUAAUGCAGUCAAUGUCAAAAAAUUGACUGGCAUCAACAAUCAGUUACAGUACUUCCCAGAUCCUUUAGUGUACAGGUUUGAUCCAGACAAGGAAGACAAUGACAAUGUGAAACUCUUCAAAUCAGAAAUCGUUAUCAUAAAUGGAAAAAAUUUAAUGGUGGCAGCUAAAAGAGAAGAUGUACAAGUUGCCAUUGGAAAUGCCAAUUGCAAUGUAACAAAUUUGUCUGAGGAUCAGAUUGUAUGUGACCCUCCUUCAUCACAACCAAAACCAACAGCUGAAUAUAGCAGGAGUGAUAUGCCUGCAGUUGUGGUCCAGUUUGGAAAUGAAAAAUACUUUGUUGGUUACUUAGAAUAUGGAUCAGACAAGCAAUUGGGUAUACCACUUGAUUACAUCGUUGGUGGAGUGACUGGUGUUGGACUGUUUAUCAUCGUGACAAUCAUCAUAUGUUGCUGUAUCUAUAGACGUCAGAAAAACAAAUCAAAGCGAGACUUUGAAAAAAUGAGGUACCAACUAUAUAACAUGGAAAGCAGUAUCAUAAAUGAGUCUAAACAAGGUAUGACAGACCUGACUGCCGAGAUAGGGGAUGGAAAGAAACCUCUCUACAGUUUUGAUGAUUAUACAUUCAAAAUACUUUUCCCUCAGAUGCUAGAUCAUGUUGUACUUCAUCCUCCAAUUCCAAAGAAUGGGAACAAUGAAAGACAUCCAGAUGUUGCAAUUUGUCAUUUUAGUCAGCUUUUACAAAAUAAACAGUUCUUAUUAAAUUUCAUACGCACAUUAGAAAGGCAAACAAGUUUUGGAAUCCGAGAUAAAUCAAAUGUAGCUUCUUUGUUGAUAAUAUUGUAUCGAAAUAAUUUGGAAUAUAUAACUAAAAUUAUACAGUCAUUAUUAAAAGAGUUGGUAGAGAAGUCAGUGAGAGGAAAACAUCCGGAAUUAAUGCUGUGGAGGGCAGAAUCAGUGGUAGAAAAACUGCUGGCUAAUUGGUUAGCUCUUUGUAUGUAUAAAAAUUUAGAGGAGUCGACUGGUUCCUCUUUGUAUUUGUUGUACCAAGCAAUAAAAUUCCAAGUAGUUAGUGGUCCAGUAGAUGCAGUCACUGGUGAUGCAAGGUACUCUUUGUCUGAAGACAGGUUACUAAGGACAGAAAACAGACUGGAACCUGUUACCAUAACAUUAAAUGUAGAAUAUGAAGGGAAGAAAUACAAAUGCCGCUGUCUAGACUGUGAUACCAUCACUCAGGCGAAAGAUAAAAUAUUGGAUGUAAUUUACCGUAACAUUCCCUACUCUACCAGACCAGCAGGAGAAGAUUUGGAUCUGGAUUGGGUUGAUGAUAACCAAACAUUACAAGAUGAAGAUAAUACAAAGUGGAAGGAAAAUGGUUGGAAACAGUUAAAUAUGCUGAAAGAUUAUAAACUUCUAAAUGGUGCUGAUGUGGUGCUAACACAAUACCAGAAGUGUCGAAAUCUCCCAAGAUCUCCUGAAGGAUCUAUUCGUUCCUCCGGACUUCACAAUCGAGAGGCAAUCUCUACCGCAUGCACUGACAGUGAAGUUUGUACAAAGUACUGGCAUCUGGUUAAACAACAUGAUGAUGCACAGAUCAAAUGCCUUAGUUCAGAGAUAGAUCUUACUAGAUUGUUAGCUACAAAGAGUACUCUGAAACAGUAUAUUGAUGAUUUUAUUAAAAAUGUUCUGACUGCUAGUCCAAAUAAGAUUCCUAUGAUAAAAUAUUUGUUUGAUUUCUUGGACGACGCAGCCAAACAACACAAUAUUACAGAUCCAGAAGUAACAUACACAUGGAAAUGUAAUAGUUUAUUGCUGGGGUUCUGGGUGAACAUAAUCAAGAAUCCAGACUUUGUUUUUGAUAUCCACAAGACCAAUAUAGUAGAUUCUUGCCUGUCUGUGGUAGCUCAAUGUUUAAUGGAUAGUUGCACAACAUCAGAUCAGAAUUUGAGUAAGGAUUACCCAUCAAAUAAAUCAUUAUUUGCGAAGGAUAUUCCAGUGUUCAAAAUAUCUGUGUCAAAGUAUUGUGAGGACAUACAGAGAAUGCCUGCAGUGAGUGAUCAGGAUCUCAAUACCCAUCUAGCUGAAGUGUCUAGGAUGAGCACAAAUUACUUUACCAAAGACAAUGCAUUGUUGGAAUUGUAUAGCUAUGUACAGAAAUACAGUAAUGAGAUAAAUGAAAGUUUAGAAGCUGACAGUUUGACUAAAGCAGAAGAGUUUCCAGAUAGACUUGGUAAUGUGAUUACAAAUAUGGGAGGUCCCUCCAAUGUUGGAAUGGCCUAUGUGUAAUGUGAUUGCAAAUAUGGAAGAUCCCUCCAAUGUUGGAAUGGCCAAUGUGUAAUGAUAACAGAAACGAUUGAUGCAAUAGACUGUGAUUUAUCACGAGGUGGUAUAUUUGUGUAAAUAAUUCAUUUGACUACUAGAGUUAAAUGAUACAAUAUUUGAAGUGAAAAAGCAUUUCUGUCAAACAAACUAUGUGAAAUGGAGCUUUGUUUAGGAAAAUCAACAAUAAGCAAAUUCAAUUUUACUGGUACUAUUUUAUAAACAUGCAUUCGCUAUCCAAUAAAACAGCUUUGAAUUCUUUAAAUAGAAAAGUUAGCAUUGGUUUUUUCUCUCUCCUUGAAAUGUGGAUUUUAGUCAUACCAAAAAUAUUGUGUAAGAAUGUAUGAGUGGGUAGUGUUUACUGGUUUUACCAGAAUAAUGCAUGUGUUAAUCUUUCAGUAUAAACUCACCAAACAGAAUUUAUAAUAUUCCCAAUAGAGAAAAAAAAAUUAAAAGGGACAAAUAUCAUCUGAGUUCAUUGAUUUUCCAUUUGUAAUUUAGUUCAAGUCUGCACAAAAUUUCAGGUUUUAAAACAACAUAUUCAAGAAAUGACAAACCAAAUCAGAUACAUCUUAUUUUUUAUGAUAUGAUUGUUACAUUAUGAAUAUUUUUCAUCUUGCAUAGCACAUUAUUAGUUUUCAAUCUAAACAAGUUUUGAAUUCAUAUUCAGCAUUCUGUAUAAAAUUGAUAAUGGCAAAGUGAAUGCAAAUUGAUAAUGGCUUUUUCAUAAUAGUACAGCAGUUGCUGUAGAAUUGUACCGUGUUAGCAAAUACAUUUAAUACAAUUAUAGUAUGUUAUGACGUUAUGUAUGUAAUUUUUGGGGAUUUUUUUAUGUUAAAAGAUAUUUUAUAUUAUAUAAUAUAUUUUGUAUUUUUUAUUUUAUAUCUUUCAUUUCUAUGGGAACAGUACUUUUUCUUAUAUAGUUUAUUGUUAUAAUAUGAAUGUAGUCCUAUGUUUCAGCUACGUUUUAGUUGUUCAUAUCUUUCCUGUUGAAAACAACCUCAAUUUUGUUUGAAGGAUGGUUCCAUCAUUAACCACCACCAUUCAUGUGAAAGGCACAUUGGAAUAUCUUCCUUUUUAAGGGUUUGACAUUCAAAUGCAAAAAGAUCAAAAACUGGUAUUAUAGCCUAUGCAUAUUUAGAUCAUUUAAAUCGGUGCACACAUUUCUUUAACAACAAACAAAUCAUAAAAAUCAUGCAUUGAACACAGCAAAAAUACUUUAAAUUAUUUUUUCUCAGAGACUCAUGGCAUUUUGUAUUUUUAGCAAAUCUCAGUUGCAUAAAACUUUGAUGAUUAUUAAUCAAUAACUGCACAAGUUCAUUGUACAGAAAAAAAUUGUCGUGAAAAUAAGCCUAAGUCUACAAUUUUAUAUCUACCUUUUCAUAUCAUUUAACCAUGAGAGUUAGCGUCUUGCUCAUGUCAUUUCAAAAGUAGGAAAAACUUUCAAUCAACUUAUAUGUGUUUGAAUAUGUCCCUAAUGCUGUGGUCAUUUUUUGUAUUCUUGUCUUUCAUUUUUGCUUAUGUGCUAUGUCUAUAUGCCAUUUCGUUUCUCUUUGUUGACAUAUUUGUUUGUUUUUAUAGUGGUUAAGAUUAUAACACAAUGUUGACUACUGUACCCCUAUUUUUGAUAUUUAUACCUAUUAUGUCUCUUUAUUUGUUCACACAUUGUUGUCAAUAUAAUGGAAUUUUAUGUGACUGUCAUACAAUUGAGAGGUUUAGCUAGCCAAUAAACCAGAUUUAAUCCACCAUUUUCUACAAGGAAAUGCCUGUACCACGUCAGGAAUAGGACAGUUGUUUUCCAUUCGUUUGAUGUGUUUGAGCUUUUUAUUUUGCCAUUUUAUAAAGAACUAUCCGUUUUGAAUUUUCCUUGGAGUUCGAUAUUUUUGUUAUUUUACUUUUUAUUUGUUGAGGGUGGGUGGUUAAUCAUGGUAAAUGUUUUCAAUUUCUUUCAAUAUCACUGAUCUGCAUGACAUAAAUGAAAUGGAAAUAUUGCUAAAAUCAUUAAAGAAAUAACUUAUAUGCCAUCAGACACUUAAGGAGAUCCUUUUUUUAUUUAAACUUAGGGGAUCUUGAAAUUUAGAAACAUUUUAUAAUUGCAGCUAUCCAUGCCAAUGUUAAAUGGGAACAAAAUGUGUUUUUUUUAUUUUACAGUUAUGUUAUUUUUCUGGAAUAACAAAACUAAAUCAAAAUUCUCGUGAAAGAGUUUGACUUCAGAAAAGUCUUAUUAAUUUCAAUCCAAUGUUAUUUGUUGUAUAUGGUUUUUCAUUUUUAUAGAUGUGUCUAAGAAAUAUAUAUGUGUUUAUCUUUUGUCGUAGUCAUUUUUAUAUUCAUAUGAAGAGAAAGUUAUGAUCAUCGAAAGGUUCAUAGAUGUUUAUCAUU